GACUUCCCCUGACAACUGCAGUAUGACAAAAAAUGGAAAGAUGACUAAUAACACUGAAAAUGUUGGCAUGAACUAUGGAAACUAUAUGGAAGAAAAGCACAUCCCUCCACCGAAUAUGACCACCAACGAACGAAGAGUUAUUGUUCCAGCAGAUCCUACAUUAUGGAGCAGAGACCAUGUACGCCAAUGGCUAGAAUGGGCUGUCAAGGAAUAUGGCCUCCCAGAUGUGGACAUCAUGCUAUUUCAAGAUAUUGAUGGAAAAGAGUUGUGUAAGAUGACCAAAGAUGACUUCCAGAGGCUCACACCAAGCUACAAUGCAGACAUUCUUCUUUCACACCUACACUACCUCAGAGAAACUCCUCUUCCACAUUUGACUUCAGAUGAUGUUGAUAAGGCUUUACAAAACUCUCCACGGUUAAUGCAUGCUAGAAAUACAGGAGGUGCAGCAUUUAUUUUUCCAAAUACUUCAGUUUAUCCUGAAGCAACACAAAGAAUUACCACCAGGCCAGAUAUGCCUUAUGAACCAGCCAGAAGAUCAGCAUGGACAAGUCAUGGUCAUCCUGCUCCUCAAUCAAAAGCUGCCCAAGCAUCAUCUUCCGCUGUGACCAAAACAGAAGACCAGCGUCCUCAGUUGGAUCCUUAUCAAAUUCUUGGUCCAACAAGCAGUCGUCUUGCAAAUCCAGGGAGUGGGCAGAUACAGCUGUGGCAGUUUUUGUUGGAGCUUCUGUCAGAUAGCUCCAAUUCUAAUUGCAUCACCUGGGAAGGUACCAAUGGAGAGUUCAAGAUGACUGACCCAGAUGAAGUUGCACGGCGCUGGGGGGAAAGGAAGAGCAAACCCAAUAUGAACUAUGACAAGCUCAGCCGUGCUCUUCGUUAUUAUUAUGACAAAAAUAUAAUGACUAAAGUUCAUGGUAAACGUUAUGCCUACAAAUUUGACUUCCAUGGAAUUGCUCAAGCCCUUCAACCACAUCCUCCAGAAUCAUCCAUCUAUAAAUAUCCAUCAGACCUGCCCUACAUGAGUUCCUAUCAUGCACACCCCCAGAAAAUGAACUUUGUUGCUCCUCAUACUCCUGCUUUGCCUGUUACUUCCUCCAACUUUUUUGCUGGACCCAGUCCAUACUGGAAUUCACCAACUGGAAGCAUCUAUCCCAACACUAGGCUCCCAACCACUCAUAUGCCUUCUCACCUUGGCACUUACUACUAAAGAGGGAAGAAUAUUUUAAAGGGUAUGUUUUCCUGGAAUACAAGGAAUUAGAACCAACAAAUCUGAACAAAAUGUGCCUGAAAGACUGAUAAUACUGACCAGGAUGUAAAAAAAACUUUUUUUAUAGAGAGAAAUUAAAAAGUGUAAAGAUAUGUUGACAUCAGGUCUAAACAUCAAAGAAGAAAAUACACAUCUAGGUAAAAAUUUGUAAUAAUAACUAGAACAUGGGGCCAGAAGAAAUUUGUAAGAUUGCUAUGUCUUUUUUCAUAUCACAGUAAAGUAAUACAAGGAUACUCUAUUACGAACUUGGAUGCAACAGAUGAAUAUAUAAAUGCAUAAAAAACUAACUGUAUUUUUUUAACAAAAAAAAACAAAUAUGUAAAAAGUGGGAUAAAUAUAUCUCUAGAGCAGACCGUGUUGUCAUCAAGAGGGAGGGAUCAGAUAUUUCAAAACUGUGAACACAAUACAAGUUUCUUGAUAAUGUUACAAAGCUCUGAGCCAAACAUUGGGUUUGAGGAUGUGCUAAGGGAAAGUGUAUGAUUGUAGACUAAGGGUUCAAAUGUCAGGAAGUUCUCCUAUGCAAACCCUGUUGCAAUAUAUAGGAGCUCACAAGAGCACUAUUAAAACUCUGUGUCUGAUAAAGGUAGAGGAAAGGAAUAGGAGAACAUGGAGUGAUAAAGAUAAGGAAAAUGUAUUUCUUUUAAAGAGGAGGAAACUGACAGUUUUUGAAGAAUUAUUUGCUCGGACAUGACAAAUACCAUAGUAUGUAUUAAGCCAUUUUCAGUAUUAUCAAAGAAAAAACAAAGCCUUUAUUUUUAAAUCAAAAGAGGGAGAAGUAGUGAUAAUCAAAGUAUGCAUCUCUCUAUAAGAUAUUAAACUGGAAUUGUGUGCUAUUUAAAAUAACACUUCAAACCUCAUUCUUCUUAAGGGAAGUUGUUGUCUACUAGUUGAAAAGGACAAAACCCAAUUGCCAAUAGGAUAUUUGUUAGGCAGCGCCAGUUUUUCUUUCCGAGUCGCGAACGCUGUGCGUUUGUCAGAAUGAAUUAUACAAGUCAGUGUUAUUUUUUUUCUUUUGAUAUAAUAAUUAUAUAACUUAUGCAUUUAUACACUACGAGUUGAUCUCGGCCAACCAAAGACAUAAAAAACGACAAUCAGAAAUACUGUGGCCUUGAAUUUUAACUCUGUAUGCUUCAUGUUUACAUUAUGAAUUUAACUAGUUCUUAGAAAGCAGAAUGUAUGUAAUAAAAUAAGCUUGGCCUAGCAUGGCAAUUCAGAUUCUCACUAUUGUCUAAAUUUUCAUAUUUUUCAGAAAAAAAAACACUUUUACAUGAGUAAAAAUAAAUAUUUUAAAAAAUUGUUUAUAAACCUGAAAUACUUUUUAAAAAAUGAAAUAAAAGAAAUUAGAACAUACUUACUUUUACUUCACCCAUUAAAAAUUCAACUCUAACAAUAAUUAUUGCAAUUUGGAAAACCAAAUCAGAAUGUUCUCCAGAGUAGAUGUGGAAUUGACAGGAGGCCUGAAAGGGCAUUUGGUUAUUGCAGAAUUUCUGAUGUGCUUCUCUUGUUAAUGUUGAUCUGGAAAUCUGAAAAUAUUCAUAAUCCUAGAAUUUUCUUUAUAUAUAAAUCUAGAACAGAAUUUUCCAUUCCAUUGUAUGGAUUGCUGCCUAUUACAUCACAUUAAUUUUCAAUGUGUUGAUAUUGUGUUGUACAAAUGUUAAUGAUAGUAAGGAAGAUUAAAUGAUAAUUAGCCGGGAGAACAAGAACAAGAAAAAGCUGUAUAUUCGGUAUAUCUCUUAUUUCUACCUUAAAGAACUGCAGCCAGAACACUUCUACCUUCCUUAUAGACACAUAUUACUUUAGCUUCCUGCUUCCUUGUUCAAUAAGGCCACCUUCUCUGCCUCUCACCAGUAUUAUACUGUAUAGCAACUCUGUUCUAUUCUCUGUUUUUAAAAAAUGUAUUUAUCUAUAUUUUCCAUUGGAACAAGGAACCUAAAUAAAAUUAUGGCCAAUUUAAAAACAUACACAAAAAAAGAGUCCAAAGAAUAUUAUUAUGGAUUUCAUUCUGAAUAAACUCGGUUACUUAAAAUAUAAAAUUCUGUGAUCGAUGUAUAUAUGGAUGUGAUCUUCUCCAUAAAUACAUACAUAUUUAUUGAGACCAUUUUGAGUUUUAUAAAAAAAUUUCACAUAUCCACUUUAUAUAUUCUUCCUAUUGUAGAUUUGUCUUGAGUAUUUUUAUAGAAUUAAUUGUAUGUAUUUCUUAGCAUGAUUAUUUGCUCAAAGCAAAAACAAUUCAGGUACUUCCAAGGCUUGAAUAUUCACUUGACUGAUUCAUUGACUUUGCACUUUUUUCAUCUAUACAGGAAAUUUAGCCAAGCCUUAUAGUUAAAAUGUAAUAAAAUUUGCCAUGCAAAAGAAGUGCAGAACUUACAUAGCUUUCAAUAAAAUAGAUUUAUCCAAACUCAGCCCAAUGUAUUUGGUUCUCCGCAAGAGGCCAAACUGCCUCCAGAUCCACCAGGCAGCAAGUUUCUUCAUCUUGCUAGAUGGCAGGGGCAGGUCUGAGCUGAAUUUAAUCUAGAGCUGAGCCCUCAGUCAGUUGUUGAAGGAAAAAGGGAGACAGUAAAAAAAAUUACAAUGAAAUGAUAUUUUAAAAAUGCAGCCAUCAGGAAGUAGAGGAAAUUGAUAUUCUCUUUGUAGUCAGGUGUUUCCUGUACAAAGAGGUACUCUCAGGUUAUUAGAUAUGAUGGAAUGUGAAUUAAAUCCAAGUAUUCUGGAACACAGGUUAGGCUGUCUAUAGU